AUGAGCAGCAAGGUCACCGCGGCCACCCCGCUCUCUUCCCCGGCUCCCCCUGUGCCCCCCCCGAGCCCCCCAUCUCCCCUGGGGGAGGAACAGGAGGUGGUCACCACCUUUUGCACCCUCCUCCCGAAGAUGCCCCAAUGGAAAUUCUCCGGCCCUUCCGGCUUUCUCAGCCGCAGCCCGUCCAGUGCCAGCAAAGAUCUCUCGGCAUCGGUCAAAAGCGGCAACCUGGCAGAGGCCGAGGGCGUCGCGGUGCCCUCAUCGGCCUCGGGGUCAGGCCUGGCUGCUGUCCUCAGUGCUUGCGAACCGGUUUGUGCCACACCCUGCAGCAGGCUGAGAGGAGGGACGGCCGGGGGCAGGAAGACGCCUCGGGCCCCGGGGCCUCGAGCCCCUGGGGAAGAGUGGAGCCGGAAAGGGAGUUUCAUCAGCAAACCGGUCCAAGGUUGGCUGCAUCCCGAUGACAGAGUUUUAGGCCCCGGCGUCUCCUACAUCGUCCGGUAUAUGGGUUGUAUUGAGAUCCUGCGAUCAAUGAGAUCUUUGGAUUUUAACACCCGGACACAAGUCACCAAGGAAGCCAUCAACCGACUGUAUGAGACAGUCCCGGGAGUCAGAGGGAACUGGAAGAAAAAGGCGCCAAACAAAAGCCUGUUUUCAAUCCUUGGCAAGAGCAAUCUCCGAUUUGCCGGCAUUAGCAUAGCCGUCAACAUUUCCAUCGAUGGUUUGAACCUGAUGAUCCCCACCACCCGACAGAUCAUCGCGAAUCACCACAUGCAAUCUAUCUCCUUCGCUUCGGGGGGUGACACGGAUACAACCGAUUACGUCGCUUAUGUUGCCAAGGAUCCCAUCAACCAGCGAGCUUGCCACAUCUUGGAAUGCUGUGACGGAUUGGCGCAGAGCAUCAUCAACACCGUCGGGCAGGCCUUUGAGCUCCGCUUUAAGCAGUACCUGCACAGCCCUCCCCAAAUUGUAGCACCCCAGGAGAGGACAAUGGGAGUGGACGAUUCUUGGGGUGAAGAGGAAGACUCCUCAGGGCACAAUUACUACAACAGCAUCCCUGGGAAGCAGCCCCCGCUUGGCGGUCUGGUGGAUUCUCGCCUCCAUUAUGGAUCAGCUUCCAGCCACGCUCUCUCUCUAGGUUCCUACGCCACCCAUUUCAGCCAGGUCGGGUCUUCAGCCAGAAGGGAACCCAGUAGUCACUCAAACCUGAACUGGGAUGCUGAACUUUCUGGUCAGUGUUGUGACGGCUACGUUCAGGCAGACAGCAAACCUUUGGGGUCUCAAGAUUAUGAACAGCACAUGUACGUCAACACCGAAAACUUCAACAGCUGGGAGGCCAAUGUUGGGAAGCCUGAGGAAAGUCCUCCCAAAGACCUCUUCGAUAUGCGGCCUUUCGAAGACGCUCUAAAACACCAUGAGUCCAUGUCAGCUUGCGGGGUGCAGAGCGGGCUCCCAAUUGAGGACCGGUGGCCCAGCCCGCCCAGCCGCAAGGCUCCCAUUGCCCCCACCGAAGACCAGUUGAAGCAGGAACUGUGGUACCAUGGCAAGAUGAGUCGACGCGAUGCGGAGAAAUUGCUGCACGCGGACGGUGACUUUUUAGUCCGGGAUAGCAUCACUAACCCCGGGCAAUACGUUCUGACGGGCAUGCACAGCGGGCAGCCGAAACAUUUGCUCCUGGUCGAUCCUGAAGGAGUGGUGAGAACAAAGGACGCCCUCUUUGAAAGCAUCAGCCACCUGAUAAAUUAUCACCUGCAAAACGAACAGCCAAUCGUGGCUGCGGAGAGCGAACUCCACCUGCGGCAGGUGGUGAGAUGGAAGCCAUGAUGUUUGCGGCACCAAAAACCCAAGACGGGAAACAAUGGAUGGAAACUAACCGAGGAG